AUGGCGAAUGACGAAUACGAUUUCCUUUUCAAGGUCGUGCUGAUUGGAGACUCUGGGGUUGGUAAAUCUAAUCUAUUGAGUCGAUUCACCCGCAAUGAGUUCAAUCUCGAUUCCAAGUCAACUAUCGGCGUCGAGUUCGCAACCCGAUCCAUCCAGGUAGACUCAAAGACAAUCAAGGCGCAGAUUUGGGACACCGCAGGGCAGGAGAGAUAUCGCGCUAUCACAUCAGCCUACUACAGAGGUGCCGUGGGGGCACUGCUCGUCUACGAUAUUAGCAAACACCAAACUUAUGAGAAUGUGACGAGAUGGCUAAAGGAGCUGAGAGACCAUGCCGAUGCGAACAUUGUCAUCAUGUUGGUAGGAAAUAAGAGCGAUUUGAGGCACCUGAGAGCUGUGCCUACAGAAGAGGCAAAGCAGUUUGCAAGUGACAAUAAUCUCUCGUUCAUUGAAACUUCAGCGCUUGAUGCUAGCAACGUAGAGCUUGCGUUCCAGAAUAUUCUCACAGAAAUAUACCGUAUCGUCUCCAGCAAAGUGGUCGUCGACAACGAUGGUGCACAAGCCAACCUUAGUGCCGGAACAAACAUUUCACUCAGCAAACCUGCGGACGAAGGCUCAGCAAAGGGUGGUAAAUGUUGCUAA